AUGAUUGGCAGCGCUGUAGCCGAAGAGGGUGCUGACGAGGGCGAUGAGCCUUACGUGCAGACCAUGAACGUGGUUUAUGGUGAGACCGAAGGCGUGGGGCUGGUGAUGGAUGUGUUUGUCCCCAAGGGCGCGAACAACGGCAUCGGCAUCGUCGAUAUCGCCAGCGGGGCUUGGCAUUCGGACCGGGGGAAGAUCCGCGAUCACAAACGGGCGCAGAUUUUCGACAUCAUGUGCGAGCGUGGCUUCACCGUGUUCGCCGUGCGGCCGGGCUCGCUGCCGAAGUUCACGCUGAGUGAAAUGCACCUGCACGUGGAAGAGGCCAUCCGCUGGAUUAAGGCCCAUCACGCCGACUAUGGAAUCGACCCCGAUCGACUGGGAUUGUGUGGUGCUUCGGCCGGUGGGCAUUUGGCUUCGUUGACCGGAGUGACGGCCAAGAAGGGCAACCCCGAUUUGGAAGAUCCGCUCAAGCAGCAAAGCACUGAAGUGGCGGCCGUGGUGGCCUUCUUCCCGCCGACCGACUUCGCCAACUGGGGUGGCAAGCCGCAGGAUCUUUCGCCUGGAAGCCGGUGGGUGCGGAACUCGGGGCGCCGGGUGUUGGGCGACAAGUUGGAUGAGAUGACGGCUGAGGAAAUCGUGGAAACGGUGAAGUCGAUUUCGCCCCGCCAGCUUGUGACCAGCGAUGCCCCGCCGUUUCUGUUGAUUCAUGGCGACUCCGAUUUCAUCGUGCCGUUGCAGCAAUCGGAAGUGUUCCGCGACGCGUUGGAAGAUGCGGGCGUGUCGGUGGAGUUGAUCGUGAAGCCGGGCGGGGGACAUCCGUGGCCCACCAUUCACGAAGAGGUGGCCAUCGCCACCGACUGGUUGGAAGCCCAGCUGUUGGGUAAAGAAGCCGGGGUGGCUGGCUCGUUGGACGAGCUCUUGAUCGACCAUGCCCAUUGCGAGAAGAAGGCGGCCGGAACGGCAAUGAACCUGAUCUUCGCCUAUGUCGAUCGGGUGGACCUGGUGCGGGCGAUGACGGAGAUCGUCAACGAGGAACUGGAGCACUUUCACAUGGUGCUCGACCGGUUGGGUGAGCGGGGGACGAAGUUUCGCCGGUUACAGCCCAGCAGUUAUGGGCGGAAGCUGAAUGACCUGGUACGGAAGCAGGAACCGGCCAGGGCUGUGGACCGGUUGCUGGUGGCGGCCCUGAUUGAAGCACGAUCUUGUGAACGGUUUGGCAUGCUUCGCGACAAUCUGGAAGAUCGCGAUCUGGCCGAAUUCUUCGGCUCGCUGUUCGAGUCGGAAGCUCGACACCACAGCACCUAUGUGAAGCUGGCCACCACGUUCGCUCCGUCGGACGAGGUACGCAGCCGGCUGGAAGAGUUAGCCACGGCCGAGGCGGAGAUUCUGGCCACCAGCACCGACCCACCGCGGAUGCACAGUUGA